GACUGGCGGUGGACGGACGAACGAGCGAAGUAACGAACGAGAGGAAUCGUGCAACGACGACGAGGACGACGACGAGGACGAGGUGACGGUGACGGCGACGUCGGCGAACACGGGAGCACCAGACACGAAUCGGAGCUCGCCGCGCCACUGUUUCCCGACCAGCUCUGUCAACACACAUACACACACACACACAGAUAUAUAUAUAUAUAUAUACACACACACUCACACACGGCCAGCCCCAACAACGCGCUUUGUCAACAGUGACAGCUCGUGUACGCUCGCGAGCGUGUACAGGUCAAAGUGGGUUCCACGUUUACAUACGUAAUUUCGAGAGGAGUGUGUUGCAAUUGCCGGGACGAGGAGUCGUACGCGAGUUCGUCGAGGAGAUAACCCGAGGAAGAGGAGGAGGAGGAGGAGGAAGAAGAAGAAGAAGAAACGAGGAAGAUAGAGAGGAUAGGAUCGGGAAGGAUCGCAAGGGGAAUUAUAUCGGAAAUACGCCGAAUAUAUCUCUGGUUGAUCCCGGAGAGAGUAGCCAGGGUAAACAAAGAGGAAUCUGGAAUGGUGUCCAGAGAGGAGUGAGGAAGAAGAGUGAACGUUCUCGUGGAUGGUUUGUUGUUGGCUUGUAUCGAUCCAUCGGGAAGGAAGGUUCGGGGCUAAUCCACGGAUCUACGGGGAGGACCGCGUGGAGGGAACGGCUGGAAAAGUGGUAUAUCGAGUGCGGCGGGUGUGCGACGACGAGCGUGGUGCUGGUGGUGAACGGCGAACGAAAGUUGAGAGAAAGGGAUCGUGCGAGAGGCGGAGGGCGGCUGUUCGUCGAGGAAAAAGGUGUAAUCGUAGACGUGCCUUCUCGAGGCGACGAGAGGAAACGUAGAGGGAGGAAGGGAUAAUAAUAAUAAUAAUACAUAAUCCGGUGAGGUAUCCGUUAGGUGCGUCGCUUUUUGUGUUUUUCGUUCGACUGAUUGAUCCUCCCUCCGAAAGGCGGAGGGCGGCGAGGAAGGCAUCGAUCGCUCGCCAUUUUGCACGUCGACCGACAUCUUCUCCACGCAUCGACGACAUUUUCCCUCGUGACGGUAAGACAGAGGAGGGAAGUUUUCGAGUAACCGAUCCGGCCGAGGAAAGAGUGUGCGCCGAAUAUCGCGCAGUAUAUUUUUUUCGUGGAUAUACUCGUUUGGUGGUUUAUCGAUCGCGCGUGAACCUGUACGAGGUUCGAGGUUCUCUCUGGCCGAGGAGAGGGUACGCGGUCGCGAUUAGCCGACGAAACAGGCUAGGACGAAGGUGAAGGAGAGAAGGAGGAUAAACCUGAGAGGGAAGAAGUAGCUCGGAAUCAAGGGAAAGUAGAAAAGGGGGAGAAAAGGGUCGUUCAGGUCGCAGGUAGAAGUCAGCAGGCUGGGAGGUCGGCUGAGCGAGGUGGUGGGUCCCGUCGUGGAGGAGGCCAUCGAGCCAGGGGAUGCCACCCCGUUGACGGGACCCUCGAGGGAGUCCUCGGUUCCCCGAGCCCCCCCGCCACCCCCACAUCGCGUCACCACAUUGAAACCACCGAGACCUCCGCCCACUACGUCUCAGCAAACGCAGGAUCCGGGUCAUCAGACCCAGGAGGCGAACUCGGAACCCGCUCAGAAUCCGGGUCAUCAGGCCCAGAAUCCUGGACAACAGAAUCCGGAACACCAGGAAUCUCAGAACCCGGAUCGCUCGAGCCAGAAUCCAGGCCACUCGGCCCAGAACCCGGCCCAUAAUCACAAUCCUGCCCAACAGACCCAGAGAACAGCAGAGCAACCGGGUCAGAACCCAGGUCACCAGGCUCACAAUCCUGGCCAUCAGGGUCAAAACCCGGCCAACCCGAGUCAGAACCCAGGUCAUCAGUCGGCGAAUCCGGGUCAUCAGACUCAAAACCCUGGCCACCAGCCCCAAAACGUGAGACAACAGAGUCAAAAUCCCGGUCAUCAGGCGACGCAGACGCAACAACAGCCACCGCAGCCACCGUCUCAACCGCAACCGCAACCACCGCCACCACCACCGCCUCAACAACAACAACAACAACAACAACAACAACAACAAGUAGAGAACCGAACCAGCGGCAUGGGUACCGUGUUGUCGUUCAGCCCGCGUGACAGACGCGGCUCCGUGUAUCCACCACCGGGUCAUCAGCAUCCCGCCGAUUUCACGUUGAACAAUUUCAAUUACGAGCAGUUGAACAACGCGAAGAACCGAGAGAAUAAAAGCGGCGUUGCCACGGUGGCGCCGGCGCCGCCUACGAAUCAUCCGCCUACGAACAAUAACUCGUUGCAAAACAACAACAUCAACCUGAACAACAACGACAAUGCGAGAAUCAUCUCGGAGAAGAACGCCCUCGAGAAGAACCUGAAGAAACACUCGUUGUUCAUAAACGCGUUAUCGUGGAAACGGUUCAGCACGUCGAACAACAACAAGAAGAAGCUCGACAAUAAGAACAAGAACAUUGGGUUCAGGCAGCCGCUCGAUAACAUACCCAUCGUCGAUAAGAAUAAGAACAUACAGACGCCUCAGCAGACGAAACCGCCGGCGUCGAACAACAAUCACAACACGCACAACCCGACGUGCGAGAAGCUCGUGCAGAAGCCUUUGCCUCCGAAGCCAAGGAAAACCGUGAUCCAGGCAUCGACCUCGGAAUUGCUCAAAUGCCUCGGCGUCUUCCUUCACAGGAAAUGCACCCGUUUAAGAGACUUCCAGGCCGGCGACGCUGUCAUGUGGCUGAGGACCGUCGACAGAAGCCUACUGCUUCAAGGAUGGCAGGAUGUCGCGUUCAUCAAUCCCGCCAACGUUGUGUUCAUUUAUAUGCUGGUGAGAGAGUUGGUCGACGGAGACGAGGCUUCCGAAAGGGAGCUUCAAGCAACGGUUUUAACGUGCCUCUACUUGAGCUACAGCUACAUGGGGAAUGAGAUCAGCUAUCCCUUGAAACCGUUCCUCAUCGAGGACAGCAAAGACAAGUUCUGGGAUAGGUGCUUGCUGAUCGUCAACCGGUUAAGCUCCGAGAUGCUGCGAAUCAACAGCGAACCCGGAUUCUUCACGGAGGUCUUCACCGAACUGAAGGCCUGCGGCGCUGGGGAUCGAGGCAGUCUGCCUGGUACCGGCCUCGAGCGGAGCCUCGUCGUCUCCGGAGUCGCGGUACCCACCAAGGCGGCUUGACGGAGCUACACACACUUGCUGGUGCGCAUCGACAGGCACGGCUGCGACGUCACGACACUCUGACGACGGCCGUCGCGACGACGAGGAGCUGCCCCCGCAGCUUGACCCCUCCGCAUC